CUUAUCAGUUCAGUUCCCCCAAAAACGACCCAAUCAGUUUACAGUCACGGAGAUUGCGAUCGAUGGAUCAGUUCCGGCCAACACCACCCAAUUCUACCCAGCUAACUCCUCUAACCUUUCUUGAUCGAUGCGCCACCGUCUACGGUGACUGCGCUUCCGUCGUCUACGGUGACAUCACAUAUACAUGGAACGAAACUCGAACAAGGUGUCUUCAGCUCGCUUCCUCCAUCUCCAACAUCGGAAUUAAGAGACACCAGGUGGUUUCCGUCGUCGCCCCAAAUGUCCCCGCCAUGUAUGAGCUUUACUUCGCCAUACCCUUGGCCGGAGCUGUCAUCAAUUCCAUUAACACCCGUCUCGAUGCCCGUACGGUUUCUGUCAUCCUCACCCACAGCGAAUCCAAACUUGUUUUUGUUGAUUAUCAGUCGGUUUCUCUCGUCCUUGAUGCAAUUUCUUUGUUUUCCCCAAAUACACAUAAGCCGAUGCUUGUACUCAUCACCGACGACGGACCUCCGCCGCAAUCCAUGACGGAAUUCCGAAGUACUUACGAAAGUAUGGUAGAAAACGGCGAUCCUGGGUUCAACUGGGUUAGACCAGUAUCUGAGUGGGACCCGAUCACGUUGAAUUACACCUCCGGCACGACGUCUUCUCCUAAGGGAGUGGUUCAUUGUCACCGUGGAAUGUUCGUCAUCGCCGUUGACUCUCUCAUUGAGUGGUCUGUUCCGAAACAACCCGUUUACUUAUGGACUCUACCCAUGUUUCAUGCGAAUGGGUGGAGCUACACAUGGGGUAUGGCGGCAGUCGGUGGGACAAAUAUCUGCCUACGCAAAUUCGACGCCACCGUCGUCUAUGAUGCCAUUGAUAAACACGGCGUCACCCACAUGUGUGGUGCUCCGGUUGUCCUCAACAUGUUAUCAAGUAUUCCGAACGUAAAACCCUUAAAGCAGCCGGUUAAGAUCAUGACAGCCGGAGCUCCUCCGCCAGCGGCAGUGUUGGCUAGAGCGGAGUCUCUAGGAUUCAUCAUAAGUCACGGUUACGGUCUGACGGAAACAGGUGGGUUAGUGGUGACCUGCGCGUGGAAGCGUAAGUGGAAUCGACUGCCGGCGACGGAGAGAUCGCGACUAAAAGCAAGACAAGGUGUGAGAUCAAUUGGAUUUACCGACGUGGAUGUAGUCGAUCCCGAAUCAGGAGUGAGUGUGACUCGGGACGGGUCAACCCUGGGGGAAGUGGUGCUACGCGGCGGCUGUAUUAUGUUGGGUUACCUUAGAGAUCCGGAGGGAACCAGAAAGAGCAUGAGAGAAAAUGGAUGGUUCUACACCGGCGACGUGGCGGUGAUGCACCCAGACGGGUAUUUGGAGAUCAAAGACAGAUCGAAAGACGUGAUCAUUAGUGGUGGGGAGAAUUUGAGUAGUGUGGAGGUGGAAUCGGUGUUGUACACACAUCCGGCGGUGAAGGAGGCGGCGGUAGUGGCAAGGGCGGAUGAUUAUUGGGGAGAAACGCCGUGUGCGUUUGUGAGCUUGAAAGCGGAGAUGGUGGGGAAAGUGAAGGAGAAAGAGUUGGGAGAGUAUUGUAGAGGUAAGUUGCCGGGAUAUAUGGUGCCAAAAACGGUGGUGUUUAAAGAAGAGCUGCCGAAAACGUCGACGGGGAAGAUUCAGAAGUUUCUGCUUCGAGAAAUGGCGAGGAGAAUGGAACCUUCAAGAAACAGUCGUAUGUAGAUUUUUGAUAGAUGUUAUAUUUUUAUUUAUGAUCAUCAAUAAUAAUAAUAAUAAUAAU